AUGAUUUGCAAGGUGGUUUCAGAAGGGCCGCCUCAAGUGCGGCACGGCCUGUUUGCGCAACGUCUUGAGCAUCUAUUUCCACGGGUGACGCCCCAACCCAGGACGGUGCUGGUGGAUCGCCCGGAUUUCGUGACGUACAAUGUAAAGGUCGGUACGCUCUACAAGACGGAGGUCGGAGUGGACUACCCCGUGGAGAUAGAGGUCACCACCAGCGCGAGCGCCGCCGAUUGCGGCGUCUAUCUUCAAGUCGGGGGGGAGUACCUCCUUGAUCUCUAUCGGUAUAAGGGCGAGUUGCGGAGCGUGGGCGCUUGCGGGGCAACCCAAAGCUGGACAACCCUUCCCGCGGAUAGGAUCGCCACCCUGGGAGACAUCAACCGUGCGUGCCACCCGUGUGCGGCCUGCGGGGAGUCGCAGGACUGCCUCCUGUACACCGACGGCGACUCGACAACAACAUCAUCUUCGGUGACGGGCGGGGGGAAGGAGUUCUACUGCGCCGACACGUGCGCCGCGGGGGUGUGCGGCGCUGAAGAGACGUGCUACCUUAACGAGGCCCACUGCACCGAAGGGCCUUGCCCCCCCGUCGCCGAGUGCGGCACCCCGCCGGCAUCCCCGAUAGACAAGUGCGGCGGAUCCUGCCUGGAUUCCGAGGCGGGAAUGAAACCUUAGCGUCGUCUCCCACACCCCUUUUGCCAUUUUUUCGAAGCUUCCCCAUUUGCUUAGCAAUGGUGCCAAGAGCCGUUGCCGAUGGUCGUCUUGUGAACUUUUAGGUGUGAAGCGGUCGUCGUGGUCACGGGACUGUCAGUCUUUUCACCGAAGGGAGACAUGAAAAGUUGCGCCGCGCCAAGCCGCGCCAAGCCGUGCCGGUUGUGGCGCAAACCCACCCCAAGCGGCGCGCUCACCUUCGGACUCAAUCAUCCCAACACUUUAUUUAGUGUGCACCACUGUUAUUCUGGAUUUUGGCGCGUCACUACUGAUUUGUUGCUGGCUUUCGUCGAGGACAGCAGUGCUGCAAUACAGCGGCUGUGACCUAUCUUCCCCUCCCGAAAACGCCUCCGUGUUUUCAAAGCACGCCGCGUUUUGUGUCUCCCGGACACCCGAUAUCGGAACUCAGUCGUACUCUCGACCACGGCUUUCGCCGCUAUGAAAUUCCGCCAAGCCUCUAACGCUCCCCCGCCAAAUCUCUCUCUCUCUCUCUCUCUCACACACACACACACAAACCCUGACUUAGCCCCCCCCAUGCCGCCCCCUCACCGGGUCCCAGUUCAUCGCAUUUAGAAGUGUUUUGUGUUUCCAACCGCACUGAGACUGACGCUUUCAUUGGUCAGCCGGUUAGCGUGGCCGGUCGAUGCUAACAAAAAAAAAGAAAAUCACGCACACACACGCACUUGCUCGUGCUUCGCCAUGACCCGCCGCUUUCCUUUCGUCAACUUUUCUUGUCUCCUCGCGAUCCCGCAGGAAUGCCUUCCUUACACGGCCGGCGUCGACCAGUACUACUGUUCGGCCGUCUGCGACCCUUCCCCCUGCGAGGGCGAGGGCGAGGAGUGCAGCGUGCUGCCGGUGUACUGCCCGGCUGACUCCAUCUGCAGGAGCGGCUUCGCGUGCACCCGAGCCGGCGUGGUGAAGAAGACUUUCCGGGCCGCGAUCGGAGAGG